AUGACUUGUGGCUUCAGCUCCAUGGGCUGCGGAUUCGGCCCCGGAGCCUUCAGCUGCGCCUCGGCCUGCGGGCCCCGGCCCGGCCGCUGCUGCAUCAGCGCCGCCCCCUACCGCGGCGUCUCCUGCUACCGCGGCAUCACCGGCGGCUUCGGCAGCCGCAGCGUCUGCGGGGGCUUCCGUGCCGGCUCCUGCGGCAGCAGCUUCGGGUACCGCUCCGGCGGCGUGUGCGGCCCCAGCCCGCCCUGCAUCACCACCGUGUCGGUCAACGAGAGCCUGCUCACGCCGCUCAACCUGGAGAUCGACCCCAACGCGCAGUGCGUCAAGCAUGAGGAGAAGGAGCAGAUCAAGUGCCUCAACAGCAGGUUUGCCGCCUUCAUCGACAAGGUGCGCUUCCUGGAGCAGCAGAACAAGCUGCUGGAGACCAAGUGGCAGUUCUACCAGAACCGCCAGUGCUGCGAGAGCAACCUGGAGCCGCUGUUCAACGGCUACAUCGAGACGCUGAGGCGGGAGGCCGAGUGCGUGGAGGCCGACAGCGGGCGGCUGGCCGCGGAGCUCAACCACGUGCAGGAGGUGCUGGAGGGCUACAAGAAGAAGUAUGAAGAAGAAGUUGCGCUUCGGGCCACAGCAGAGAAUGAGUUCGUGGCUCUAAAGAAGGAGGUGGACUGCGCCUACCUGCGCAAGUCAGACCUGGAGGCCAACGUGGAGGCCCUGACCCAGGAGAUUGACUUCCUGCGGCGAGAGUAUGAGGAGGAGAUCCGCGUGCUCCACGCCCACAUCUCAGACACCUCGGUGGUCGUCAAGAUGGACAACAGCCGCGACCUGAACAUGGACUGCGUCAUCGCCGAGAUCAAGCUGGCCGGGCUGGAGGAGGCCCUGCAGAAGGCCAAGCAGGACAUGGCCUGCCUGCUCAAGGAGUACCAGGAGGUGAUGAACUCCAAGCUGGGCCUGGACAUCGAGAUCGCCACCUACAGGCGCCUGCUGGAGGGCGAGGAGCAGAGGCUGUGUGAAGGCGUCGGCUCUGUGAAUGUCUGUGUCAGCAGCUCCCGGGGCGGGGUCGUCUGCGGGGACCUCUGCGUGUCGGGCUCCCGGCCGGUGACCGGCCCCGCGUGCAGCGCCCCCUGCAGCGGGAACCUGGCGGUCAGCACCGGCAUGUGCGCGCCCUGCGGCCAGCUCAACACCACCUGCGGAGGCGGCUCCUGCGGCGUGGGGCGCUGUUAGGCCGCCGCGCAGGAGAGCCAGAGAGGCCGCUCUGCAGCCAGCAGGGCCCGCCCGCCCCGGGGCCCGCAGCGGCGCCGGGCAGCGUCCCCGCGUGUUCCGAGAAGACACCAGCGCUCGCUCCCGGCGGCCCCGCGGCGCCGGCUCCUCUGGAAGGGGCCGUUGCCCGGGAAUGGACUCUUCCCCUCCACCAGGGGCCUCGGGCCCCUCCCAGGGAGAAGGGCCUUGUGUCCCUGGGAAGAGGACGGCCGGAAUGCCUCCCCUGCCUCUCUGGCCGCUUGUCUCCCACUCUGUGAA